AUGGGUGUAUCGGCGCUACUUAAUACCCCUGACCAACUGUCAAAGAUCGUCCCUCACCUAAUCGCAUUUUCAAAAGAUGCGAAUCCACAAGUGCGAAUGCAUGGGAAGCAAACGCUUCUGAGCUUGAGUCAGGAUCCGAACUUUGAUAGGCAGAUGAAGAAAAGUAUCAGCGAAUCCGAAUACAAGGCCGUGAAAGAGAUUCUAGGCGAUAUUGAUAGAAAGGGUGGCAUCGAUUCUUUAGACAGCACAAGUGUUUCUUUGGGUGCUUCGUUAUCCCGCAGUGGAAGCAUACGAAAAGCUGUACAGAGAAAAUUACCCGACAAUGUUCAGCUUGACCUCGAUGAGAUCAAAGCUGAUCUUACUGCGGCAGGCUGGGAAAGGCGUAUUGGCGGACUAAAACGGUUCCUAGAAAUGACCAUAACUGCCCCUAAAGCCAUCGCUAGUGAUACAAAGCUAAUGGAAGCCUUCAUUGGUCGACUAAACGACAUCAACAGCAAAGUCUCCUUAGAAGGACUUGACACCUACUUAGCAUCUCUAGGUAUCCUUAGCAAGUGA